GCUGGUCACAGUGGUUGCGCCCAGGCUAUUCGGUGGCGGAUAACUAGCGAAUGCGACGCACGGGACUCUACUUCAGCUGAACUCGUGUGUCUGUCCUUCUCCGACGUUCACAAAUAGUGUUGCCAUCGAGGAACGCCUUUACUUGACCUGUCGCGACAUCCACAAAGGCACCAUCUACUACCCCCGUCUACGCUGUUGAGCUGGCCACCAACCUCCUCCCGUUUUUGACGACUUCGCAUUCACCGAUCGUCCGACGCGAUGCUGCGUCGUGCACCUCGCACCAGAGACUACUAUGCCCCAUCAUCACGCUCGCGGACUGCCUCAAUAUUCCGGCUACUGCUCAGAUAUGUUCGAAGACCGGUUUUAGCAGCGCUGCUGCUGGGUAUUGCUGUAUUCUUUGCCGGGUUGAUACAAGAGUGGAUGUUUUCUGCAAGAAUGCAGAGAGACCCUCAUGAUCUCCCAAUCCCAAUCCAAAGAGCUGAAGAUCACAUCUUGACGAUGACGAAAACGCAAACCACAUUCAUCAAAACGACCGUGACGAAAACCAUAGUUCCUGCAGAAGCCACCAGUCGCUCAGGUCCCCGCCCACUCGAUGCAUUCGGCUUUCCCAUAUACGACUCAAGCAAGCGACCUGGAGAACACGAAGCUGUCCCGUUUCUACGCCGCGAUGGUACUUCCGAGCCUUCACUCGUCGAUCGACCGCCCGAGAGUCGGCAUUUUUAUCGACCAGAUGGAUUGGUGGAGGUCAAUCCGAAUGGUCCACACCCCAUUUUCGAGUUGAUUGAGAAGGGCGAGCGGGAAUGGAAGCGGAAGCAUGACAGAGCGAGCAGGACUCUGAAGGAGGCGUGCGCAGAGUAUAAACGCCGGUAUGGGAGGCGGCCACCAAAAGGGUUCGAGAAAUGGUGGGCCUACGUUCAAAAAUACCAAGUCCAGCUUCCAGACGAGUAUGACCAGAUCCAUCGCGACUUGGAACCGUUCUUUGCCUUCGAGCCCUUGAUGCUUCAGUGGAUUGAAUACGAGUGGGAGGGCCAUGCCGACUCCUUUACCAUCGGCAAGGAGGAAAUUGGCUCGCCGUUGGAUUUAUUAAACUUUACCUUGCCGGAGAGUGGUCAGAUCAGGCACGAGCUAGCCAAGGGAGCCAAUAUGAUUAUUGACUUGAUGAAGGAAGUGGAGGAGGACCUUCCCGUAUUCAGGAGAGAUGCCAUCGAGGCUGCCAAACGGGGAGAAUAUCUUGACCUAUCUCAACCACGCGAACAGAAACAUCACGGAUGGAAGACGGCCUGCCCACCGUUCUCGCCCAUCUGGGCUGAUCCAUUACCUUACUCCAUUGCAAACGGUGUUACCACUCCUCCAACCCUUCGCCAACUGGAGCAACUGAAGUACAGCAGCCCUCAUUCCAAUUAUAGUGGGUUUGGACCACACCCUAAGACGUUCAUCCAUGACCAUGCAGCAACCCUGUCGCCUUGUGAACACCCUGCCCACUUGCUGAUGCACGGUCAGUUCCUACGGUAUGGCCAUGGAGGACCUGUACCGUUGCGUGAAAAGCUGGCGAAUACGGAGGACCUCCCGGAGCCGGUAUACUAUGGAAUGGUGCCGUACUUCAGCUACAGUCCCACGCGACUUCACGACGACAUAGUCGCGGCCGUACCCAUGGGAUGGGUGGAUGAUGUCUACCCGCGUUCAGACGACCCUCCCUUUGAUGAGAAGCCAGAUUCUCGGCUCCACUGGCGAGGUCGAAAUACUGGAAUGUGGUGUGGAAAUGACAACGACGUCGAAAGUCUGAACACAGUUCUGGGUAAAACCAUCGGCGGUUAUAAUCCCAAAGAAAAGCAUACCAUAGGCCCCGACCGUGCCUGGUGGCUAUCGCAACGAGGAAGGCUUGUCGAUUGGGCGAAUCGUAUGUGGGAAGGGCUGUACGAAGUUGAGCCCGCUCAGGUGCCCCAUUCGUUGAAUGUCGGCGUGCCUCACGAAAUCUGGAAACGGUCUACUGUUCCUGAGUUUGAGGACGACCUAUUCGUUGGUCCCAUGCCCAAUGACACCUCCCUACAUGGGAGGCGCAUGGGGGGAAGCCUCCGGAAAGGGAAAACUUUGCCAGCUCAUUGCCAUGCAGGUGUUCUUCGAUCCCCGCCUUCCCCCGAGUACCGGCUCGCUGCACCUCCGGACAAAAAUGACGACACUGAAUGGAUUGGCCACGAGAGUCCACCUUUAUCCAAGUCGGAUUGGUCGCCCGCUAUGUGUGAUAUCGCUUUCGUUGGCUCCCCGCUGAACUGUGAAGGGAGGAUGUGUGACAAAGUCGGGGACAUGUAUGAAUUUAGGAAGGUGCAAGGAGGGAAGGAACAGGGAAGGUACAAGUUUGUGAUGGAUGUCGACGGGAAUGGGUGGAGCUCGAGGUUCAAGAGGUUGAUUACUUCGAAUAGCUUGAUCUUCAAGAGUACCGUGUAUCCUGAAUGGUUCACCGACCGUAUCCAGCCCUGGGUGCACUAUGUUCCCAUCCAGCUUGAUCUUUCAGACCUCCUCGACACCCUGUACUUCUUCCGUGGCGAUCCUUCCCAACACAACCACCAUCUCGAUCUAGCAGCAAAGAUGGCCGAUGCGGGUCGGCAGUGGAGCAAACGAUACUGGCGGAAGGAAGAUAUGGUUGCUUAUAUGUUCCGACUGUUCCUGGAGUAUGCGAGGGUGAUGGGAGACGAGUUUGGGAGGAGGGAAGAUUAUGUGUAUAGGGAAGCCGAUGAAGUCAAGAGGGGCGAGAUGAGAAGCGAGGAUGCGGGACCUCAACUAUCUGAGGAUGCUCCGCUGUACGAAGUUGAAGACUUCAAUGCUGCACACCCAACUCCUGUUAACGAUUGGAAGGAUGAUGAAUCGAAUCCAGCCAGGCCACUCGUCCUCUGA